UGUGACGCGGCAGACUUUUUCUGCCCGUCACAAAAGCACCCUGACCCCCGGAAGGGCCUCGCUUCCUUCCCGCCGGAUACCCCAGUCCGGAGAUGGUCCGCGAGAGUGGAGGGAUGCGUGGACCGCGGUCAAUAGGGACCCCCUUUGUCGCACCCCCUUACCCCCUUCGCGGAUAGAGCCGCGUCUUCGCGCGAGCGCGACAAGUCGCCGGUCGCGGUGUCCUCCACCCCAGGACCGUGGUGUGGCCACCACCGAGAGGACUGACCACCCUCGGGAAGAAUACCGCUGCCAUCGUCCCUCGGAGCUGCCACGAGGGGAAAUCAACCAAAGAUGUCAUGGUGGUGGCACACCGUAAGGAGCCCCUACAGCUCCUGUGUGGGCAGAGCCGCGAGCCGGCGGCGAAAAGAGCGUGGCAAUCGAUGCGCAAUCGAUUUCCGAAAAUAAUUAACGGUUACCUGCGAACCGGGAUGCAUGUGUGCCGAGCUAGCGAGCCACCCGACUUGUUAGAACCGCGAGUUCCCUUUUGUUUCUUGGUACCACUAUCGCGCGUGUGUGUGGGGGGGAGCACCGCCACCAUUCCCCGGAGAGGACCGCCAGGACAUCUGGGAUCCAGAGACCUGGGAGAUUCAAGUGAAUCGGGGGCGAUGAUAGGAGCCAAUCUGAGGUUUGGGAUCGGCGCUUCGGGUAACGUGUCGUCAAACGCAACGAAGGUCUUUCAAUGUCACCCAGGUGGUGCGACAGAGGCAACACUCAUAUUCAGCCUGGGGGCCCUCGGCAUGGGGGCGAACUUUGUCCUUAUGGCUCUCAUCUUGGCUAAACGACAGUUACGCAGGUGGUCGCAAGGAUUAUUGUUCCACCAAGCGAUGGUCGAUUGUGCGAGAGCUGCGAUUUUAUUACCCCUUGGAUCGAGCAUACUAAACUGUCAGCCGAUGACCAAGUGUUCCCUGGUCGAGACAGCGUUUCUCCUGUUGGUGACAGUCUCCACGGUGAACAUGUUGACUACAGUACUAAACGACAGCCCGAUUUUUCCAGAAACUGACGAGGAGGCCGACCUAACAGCACCUCUGCUCAUGGACUCACCGCAGUGCGUUUUAUUCGGAACGUUCAUGAUAUGGUUCGCAAGCAUCACGAUAAACUUGGGCCCCACAUUUCUAAGCGGUGCACUAGCUGCGAACACAGAAACAGGACACAACGCUCCUAGUUGUCCACUGGUUCAUGGUCCGUUUCGUCAUUACAUACUGAACGCUCUCUGGAUCGCCAUCAACAUGAUUUGUGUGGCGCUAACCCUCGUCCAUCUUAGGAAACUUCACAAAGAUCUCACUAAGGCCAACGUCGAAGCGGUAAAGGUAGCACUGCUAACAAUUCUCGUGAAUACAACGGGCAACCAACAAACAAACGCGGUUCCCGAAAACUCUGCCGCAUCCACAAACGGCGACACGCCCAAGAGAGGCGGAGCGACGGAAGAGCACCGCAAAAUGAGAAACUACUUGAAGAGGAUGGAGAGAGAAGGCGUGCAAAGGGUGAAAAUGUUUCUGGUGAUAACAGCCGCGUACGGUAUCUUUUGGGGACCAUUGUUCUUUGUCACCUUGGUGGAUCAUCCUAGCAUAGGGAAUCCAACAGGCUACGAGGUGACAUUACAUAUCGCGUACGUUCACGCAUUCGUGAACCCGGUGCUCUUUUUGAGCCUCCAUCGGGGAUUGCGACAAGGAUUGUCAGAGUUUUUCUGCGGUUGCUGCGAAAGCAUCGCGAGCUGGAUUCUGGGUCCAAGCAUUCCUGUAGAAAGCGUUCAACCCCCACGAUACCAGGAACCUAUUGAGGCUGUGCCAUCACCCCCGGAACCGCCAAUGGCGCAGCCCAACGCUUGCCCGGACCUCACCGACGUCGCCCUCCUCAAACCACCUCUGCCACCGACUGGCAAACAUUUACUGGACGACUCCAUGAUCAUACCGCCGGAUCCAUGGACUCUGGUCACGAGAUCGAAAAGCACAACGACCACUUACGAGCCAGACACUAGCAGAAGAUCGAACAUUUUGUUACCUCCUCUACCGAACGUGAACGAUUUGAUAAUAAAUGUCAGUCCGACCAGCAGCAAGUCUUCUAGCGGAUAAGUUCUCACUUACAAUUAUUUCAUCGAAAACAGGAGGAAAUUCUGGAGAAGUUUAUACAAGUCUUAUUAUUUAAUAUUGCGUACGAAUAUUUCAAAACAAGCUAUUCCUCAAAUGUGUCUAAGAAUUCUUCAAGAGAAGAGGCGAUCCUGAAGAGAUUUAUAAACAUUCUUUGCUCGGUGUUGCGUAUAAACUUAACGAAAAUUCUUAAAAUGUAUCUAUAAAUUCUUAAAGGAGGAGGAAAUUCUAAAGAGGUUUAUACAAGCUUUAUGUAUAAUGUAUAAACUUUCACAACGUAACUCUUACAAUUUGUCUGUUAAUUCUACUCAAAAUGGAAAAAACGUUUGUAAAACUUUGCACGAAUUUCUUGCUUAAUAGUACGUAAAAACUUCAAAAAAAGAAUUUUGUAAGUUUAAUUAAUAGUAAUUUUGCUUGUUUAUAUUUUUAAUGAACGUUCCUAACAAGUCUUAUAAUACUCGUGGAAAAGCUCCUUUCCUGAAAGGAACACAGAUUUUUUCCUUUACCAAAAUUUGUAUCACAAUUAAUAUCCAAAUAUUUAAUAUUACUCAAAAAUAACAAAAAAAGAGACAAAAAAUAUCCAUUACCGUGCUAAAUUCGUACAAAUUUAUUUUUUUUGUAAUUCUUUCAUUCUGUUCAUUCAAUUAGUCCACGCAGUGACCACCUAUAAACGUUAGAUUUACAGAUUAGUGGUAAGAGAAUGGAAGAUUUAUGAUGAAAUGUUUACGAAGCUCGUCGCAGAAAUUCCUCCUUCAAAAUGCUUCCAUUUUCUGUGCCAAAUCUUGAAAAUACGUUAAUUCGGAUAAUUCGUAGAGAAAGUUUAAAAGCCGCACUAAUGUUCCUCUGCCCCCCCCCCCCCCCAAGCCAAAACGGCGAACGAAAUGUUUGCUUGAAAAAGAAAUUAUCAAAAUAUUUCCGAAAGUUGCCAAAAGUGUAUGUAACAAAGAUUACAUAAGUCCAUCAUUCGCCAAACUUUACGCACGUUUUUUCAUGAACAAACUUCGCUUUUAGAUGAUUAUAUUUAGGUAACGGCAAUAAAAAGGUGAGACAGAGAGGCUAGAGCGUAGAGAACCAGAAAGUCACCGGCAAUGAUAGUUCCUUAAUGUGAAUCGAAACAAUAUUAGGCGCACCAAUUAGUGAUUAACUGAUUAAAUUAGGGAGUAUGUUAGCUAGUUUGCACCUUUAAAUGAGCUUUCCACUCAACUGGGGACUCAACUAAUCGAGAGCUUUUAUCUCGAUUAUUAGUAUAUUGUAUUGUUUACUACUGUCAUUAUUAUAUACUUAUUAUACAAAUAUAUAUAUACAUAAAUUAUCGACACAUAUGUACAUAUACGGGGCGUCCAAAAAAGUACGAUAAGCGAAUGUAAGUCCUUUAUUAAUUAACUCGUACACAGUGGUGUAACACAAUCGAACCUCGAUAUUUGCGAGCUAAGGAAGGCUGAAUAACUGUGAAACUAUCGUAAUUCAUACAAUUAUUGAAUUGAAUCCAACGAAUAGAUUUAUACAAUAGAUGAGACUAAGUUUAUGUAUUUAUUAACCCAUUUACUAAUACAUUCAUUUAUUUAUUCAUUUCCUUCAUACCUUCAUUACACAAUUUAUUAACAAAACAAAUAUGACUGGUGCAAGAAAUGCAAACCAGUUGUUAUACUCUCAUACAAAAUUCUUAUAUUUACAUUAAAUGAACAAACAAAAACUUAACUGUUCAAACCAAUUAAUAUCACGAAUACAUUAUUAUAAACUGGUUUUAUUCGUUACCUAUUAUUCGAAUAAAUCUAAAAUCUUAACUAUAAAUGAAAUUAUCUUUAUAAAAAAUUCUGACUACUACAUCUGUAUUCAUUCUAAAUACAUUCCUUCUCAAUUC